CCAUCCUGUGUCCUCCUCCCACAGAAUGAGCAGAAGGAUGAAGGAGCCAUAAAUCAUAUCCUGGAGGACCUGGACACCAAUGAGGACAAGCAGCUCAGCUUCGAGGAGUUCAUCAUGCUGGUGAUCAGGCUGACGCUCGCCUCCCACCAGAAGAUGCACGAGAAUGCCCCGAAACUACCAGGCCACCACCAUGGAGGAGGCCUCGGGGAAGGUGGCUCCCAACAUGAAGACAGCCACGAGGGCGAUGGCCACAGCCACGAGGGCCAUGGCCACAGCCAUGGAGGCCAUGGCCACAGCCACGGAGGCCAUGGCCACAGCCACGGAGGCCCCGGCCACAGCCACUAAUCCGGAGGCCAGGCCACCCUGCCC